UAAACCAGCGCCGCUUAAUUCUUCCCUUUUUUCUUGUUUCUUUUCUUCUUUCUUUGCAGCUUCUUCUUCUCUCUUCUUUUUGUCUCUUUUCUUCUUUCUUUUCAGAUUCUUCUUCUCUCUUCUUCUUUGUCUUCUUUUUCUUCUUCUUCUUCUUCUUCUUCUAAUUUUUGAAUCUAACCAAAACAUAGUACCCUUCAAAUCAAUCCAUAGAAAUACCUAUUAUAUUUCAUAUGUUGAUACUUUUUUUUGUUUCUCUACAUGCGAAUCGAUUUUCCACUUUCGAAUCGAUGGAUUCUGAACCCUCUAGAUCAGAUUGAGCUGCUCAGCUCGUCUGCAAUCUCUCUCUGUUUUCCGCCACUCGUCGCCCCCUCCGGCCCACGCCGCUCGCCUCGAAAUCUCUACAGCAACAGCCUGCGCCGUGCUCCGCCUCACUGUGUAGCCUAUCAGUUUUCGUCGUCCUGUUUCCUCCGGCCUCGGCCCAUCCGUCCGGCGACUCUUUAGCAGCUCUGCCGACAACUCCCCAACCCAACGCCUAAUAGCAGGUGCACCAAUUAGAAGAUACUCGAUUUAUUUUGGUUUUGUGAAGUCGCAGUAGAGGAUCUCCACCCGGAAAACCCUCCUUAAACCCUUGAGAUUUGAGAACGUUGCAGUUCACAUCUGCUGCAUCAAUCUACACGAAAAUGGCUCAUCGUCUUGUUCGAGGAUUACGAGGGGCCGUAAGAACUCUUGUCUUUCACCAACCCCCAAAACCCCUCACCCAGUUUUUGACUCCAACUAGAAAUUACGUCAACGAUAUGCGAAAAUCGGCCUUCGAGGGCAACAUUGCUCGCCUCAUUCGGAGCGAAAUCCAGUACGAGCUCGACCAUUCCCCGCCGUCUGUGCCUAUACCAGAAUUCAAUUCAUUCAAGGUUGAUGAACUACCAGGGGAGCAGUGGAUUCGACUAAGCAGGAAAUUUGGAGAGGAUGAGGAGAUAAAAAUAGAGGUGACUAUGUUUGAUGGAUCUGUUCCCAUGAAAAUGCAUGAUGAUAAGGAGGAUGUGAAGCUUCAUGUUACUUUGAUAGUUGAUGUCAUGAAGGGGAAAGACGGGGACAUAUUGGAGUUUGUUUGCUCUGGGUGGCCAGGUUGUAUAGAGAUACGCAAUGUAUUUAUCCGUGGGCAAGGCAGAUUAAAAGGUCGGCCGUACAUGGGUCCCCAAUUCAAGGAAUUGGACGAUGAGCUUCAGGAUUCUCUCUACGAUUUCUUAGAGGCAAGGGGUGUAGAUGACGAGCUGGCUGAGUUUUUGCAUGCCUAUAUGAGGUACAAGGAUAAAAAUGAGUACAUACGCUGGAUGGAAAGCAUGAAAACUUAUAUUCAGAAGAAAUAGAUAACAAAACGUGUCGUUUCUUUUUGGUAUCGAUGAAUCUGUAUGCAACAAAUGCCCUGACGCCUUGUCAUUGUACAAGUCAUAAAACUGAGGGUUUGGAAGAUGGGAGAAAUUGUUGCACAGAAUUGUUUAUUAGCAUCAUUUCAUGUUAGAAGAAGCUAAGAACCUUUUGAUCGAAGCUAGUUAGUUUUUUUUUUUUUUUUUUUUCUCGUUCGUCUGCUGCAGUUUAAUUUAGAUUGAUUAGUAAUACGUGUGUCGACUAAUUGAGAAAAUUUUGUUUAUUCAUUCAAAUUUUUGAAUUACGAUAUCUUCCGACCAA